UGUAACGUUAACUUCAAUUUAGGUCAAGUUGAAAGAUGCCUCUGCGAGGCUCGGCGUCGUGUUCGGCGUCGUGCUCGGCGUUCGAUGUAUCGACUCGCAAGGUGCCGUCGCUGGCGUUGGUGCCUCGCGGGCAUCUGAACCACGCGAUGCGAGCUAAGAAGAAGGUGGCGGGUAGUAUUCAACACACAAAACAGCAAAAGCAGCAGAACGAGCUGUCUGAACAACCUCGAAACGAAACAGACGACACUUUGUCUUGUCCACCACAUCCUGCGCGACGCGAAUCAAUCAGGGACACUCUCGACGAGCUAGAUGAGCAAUCGGAACCUGCUCAGGAGUCUGAAGGGCUCGAAGAAGUGCAGGAAGAUGAAGACAAUGAUGUCCACAUUCAAUCCGAGCUGAGACUAGGCGAGCGGUUCCUGAACAUGAUGGCGCUCAUGGCCCGCCUUUCGAUGCAGUCUUUAGGGGACAACGCCCCCAUGUCUGCUAGCCCACACCGCCUCACGGAGAGGUCAUUGCCCUUCCACACCGAUAGAACACUCCUUGGCACUCCUCAACGAGCUCUCAGUGCUGCCACAGCUUUUCCACCUCAGCAACAAUCACCAGUAAAGUCCCCUCCAACGUCCCCGAUACACGCUGUCCGUAAGGUGGCCAAGCGACUGCCACGUGCAUUGCAAGGGCCGUUAACAUUCGACAUCUGCAUGCUCCUACCAACACCACUAGACGAACGACAAAGCCCGUUGCGGUCGCCAAUUCGACGCAAGCGACUGCGAAAACGUGUGCGUCGACGAAGGCUGAGACGUCGAGCACGACGCACUUGGCAGGCGUCACAUGCCUCCUGGCCACCGCACGCUUCGGCAGACUACAUCGUAGAUCAUGCUCGUCAAGAUAUCGCAGGUAUCAACGCAGCUCGUCUGGUGGAGCGUCUAGACGAGCGCAGAGUCGACGUCCAGACUCUUCCUCGAGUGCUUUCAAUGCCUCUGCCACCACUGAACCGGAAUGACAAGCGCGUGUUUGCCAGCAAUAUGGCGGGAGCUGUAGAUAACUACGAAGAUGCUGGUACUAGCGACGACGAUGGUCAGGAAAGCGAUGGAUGCAACAGCGUUGAUGAAGAAGAGCUCGUUGAUAAUGACCAAGGAGCUUUGCAAGAGGAAUACGAGAGCAACGAGACGCCUUUGCCUAUUGACAACACCGCCGCAACUGCGACGUUAUCUCCACGCGAGCAAAUAGCAGACAAACCGCCAGCUCAAACACGGCGACCGCUUUAUCACCAGCCAGCUUGGAUCUCGCCCGAGCUGCACACGUGGCUUGUCGCGUCUCGACUCUUUGCGACCAAACCGCGCCGCGAGUUGCUUCCCACUGGCCUCUGAGCAGCGCCAUGUCCACACUUUCACCUAAAUAUUAACACCACGGGGCACAGCCGUGGACUUCCCACU